UGAAGGUUUUUUUAUUAGUUAUAUGAUCCUAUCAUCUGUUUGCUAAAAUAUCUUAACCAACUUUCUAUUUUGCUUAUAAUAUUUUUAUUUUAUUAUUUAUAAAUGCAUGGAUUGAAGAUGGGUACCUAUCAUGGUUCAUUAAGUACUAAAGGUUUAUCAAAAACUCAACUUGGUGGUGUCAUAUUUGGUGCCAAUAAAACAAAAGUCAGCAAAUGCAUUUGCAAGAAACUCUUUGAUGAACUUAGAUAUGAUCAUGUGAAAUCAGUUUAUCUUCUUCUGCAAAGUCACCAAUAUGCACCUCCUUUUAACGGGUCAAAGAUGUGCGUAGAAACUUUGAUGACUUCCCAUGAAUGGUAUCCUCUUUAUUUCAAAUGGUUAAGGCGAAAGCGUGAAUUAGAGGUGAUAAUCUCAACCUGGGUUAUGUGUAAUUUGUAAAUGGGUUGAUUGUUGU